AUGUCCGCUCUUGAUAUUGCCAAUCAAAAAGCACCUCAACCGUCGGCCCUCCACGAAUAUGUAUUGCAAGGAAGUAUUUUAGAAAAUCACAGGGAUCUACUUCUCAACAGGCUCAAGGGUUUAUGUGACAUGGCUGACAGCGUUCCUGAAAAGUUUAACGACCAUGAGAUGGUUUAUUCAUUAAGGGGACCUCCGCCAUGCAUUCCUGUUGUUUUAGGAGUCAGGCAUGCAAUUGACUUUCCUGACGAUCCUUGGCAUGUGCGCUUCAUGAGUCAACCUGACACAAGUGAUAAAUCAAAAAGCACAAUAAUAAAAACAUUUGUUGAUUCAGCAACAACUUCCAGCAUCACCCAGUUUUUAACUGAAAUGGGAUUCAUGCUUGAUUAUGAAUACGUUAUUAAUGGCUAUGUCUUUCGAAAAGGAAGGUUAAAAAUUACUGUCUCACGCUUGAGUAAAUUGCUCAGUCCAGGAAAUACUGACUCAACAGAACUACUCUCAAAUCAGUAUUUGGUGGAAUUAAGUAUUAUUUCCCUUCAUGGACAAGUGCCAAUUCAGGAAGAUAUGAAAAACUUUGCUGAUCAACUUAAACCGUUAGUUUUUUUUUAA